GGGUAAUGACCUAUUUGCGAUCUCGACCCGUUCCCCCAUUGGUGUCUGCUGCUCUCUCAACGACGUCCUCAAGAUAGCGCUCCGCAUUGCUUCGGCUGGACUGCAACCAUGAGCAGACCGACCUUGGCGUCCACAUACCAGACUCAUCCCAGUUGGAGCAGGGCCAGCCUGGACGACCCGUUUGCGACACCGAGCACUGAACCGACCGGCUUACCUGCAAUCCCUCGUCCUGUCGCGCAACGAUCAUCGGUCUACAGCGAGAAACAGCAACACUACCACCACACCGAUCGGCCGUUGAAUGGUGGAGCGCACGAUGAUCAAGCGGCUGUCUCACAGAAAACAGCUUCCAUGUCCUCGGAGGGCGGAAGCUCGGCCAUGACACAAAUAUCAUCAAUCGACUUGGAAAAGAGCAGGCACGCGAGACAAUCGGCAGCGAAGAAGGCGCAUGGUACUGGUGGUGAUCCCGAGAAGGGGUAUGCAAGUCCCGCACAAGGCACACCUCAGCAGAGUCGACGACAGAGUGCAGCAAGGAUAGCGUAUGUGGAGGAGGACGAAGAGUUCGACGAGUCCACAGAGCUGCAAGAGCAGAAGGCUUUGAAGAUUCUCCUCUUCCUGUCAGGACCAUGUGUGGUUCUUUCAUUCCUCAACGCCAUCUGGACGCUCAUAUCACUGGUCCUUACUACUCUCACCCAGCCUGUCCGCCUCUGCGCGCGGCGACCGUCUUUUGGACAGCAAUUGAGUGGCCUCGCCGGGCCAGCGCUGAACCUCCAGCUCAAGUCGAUUUACACACCACUACCUCCGCACGCCGACGAAGACACAAGCUACCGCGCUGGAACUCUGGUCAUGGUGCAACUGCUCACUCCAUUUGCGAGUCUCGGAAUGAUGGUCGCCGCGUGGGUUGCAGCCGUCUUCUGGCUCGCAUCGGCAGUGGUUGGCGAUCCAGCAGGCAUGGACAAGCGGGACGAUGGCAAGGAGACGAUCUUGACACUUCGAAACUGGUGGGAAAAGUGGCUCGCGAGGUGUAUUCGGGAGGACUGAGGCGAGGGGACCGCCAGACCAUCCUUGCGGGGAUGUGUAAUGACACAGCAGUUUGUGCUUGAUGCUUGAUGCUUGAUGAAGAUUUCCUGGUCGUAUCAGCGAGCAUACUGUUUUAGCGAGGAGCUGGAGGCGUUAUAGCUGAUUUUACAGCUCGAUACCAAUGUUGAUUUUGAUAGCUUGAAUCCCUCGGAUAUGUGUACUAUAUACCUGAAUGGAUGGACACCGAGUAAUUGUUCCA